AUGAUGCAAGACAUGUGGAAUGCUCCUCCAGGUUUCAGACCCUCCAAGUCUGCACCAUCUUCUCCGGCAAAGCCUCUUGGGGUUUCUAGAACUCGCUCUGAAUCUUUCCACGUUGCCCACAAGGUCCCAGUUGGUGAUUCUCCUUAUGUCAGAGCCAAAAACGUUCAGUUAGUGGAUAAGGACCCAGAGAGAGCAAUUCCACUGUUUUGGGCAGCCAUAAAUGCAGGAGAUAGAGUGGAUAGUGCUUUGAAAGAUAUGGCUAUUGUGAUGAAACAGCAGAAUCGAGCUGAUGAAGCAAUUGAAGCCAUUAUAUCACUUCGAAGUAGAUGUUCAGAUCAAGCCCAAGAAUCUCUUGAUAAUAUCCUCUUAGAUCUUUACAAGAGGUGUGGGAGACUUGAUGACCAAAUUGCUCUUUUGAGGCACAAGCUGUAUUUGAUUCAAAAAGGGUUGGCUUUCAAUGGAAAGCGCACAAAGACUGCAAGAUCUCAAGGGAAGAAGUUUCAAGUCUCUGUGGAGCAAGAAGCCACUAGAUUACUGGGAAACUUGGGAUGGGCACUGAUGCAGCAGAACAACUACAUUGAAGCAGAAGAAGCCUACAGAAGUGCACUUUCAAUAGCUCCAGAUAACAACAAGAUGUGCAAUUUGGGGAUAUGUUUGAUGAAGCAAGGUAGAAUUGGUGAAGCAAAAGAAACUCUGUAUAGGGUAAAGCCAGCAGUUACAGAUGGCCCAAGAGGCUCAGAUUCUCAUCUGAAAGCCUAUGAAAGGGCACAACAAAUGCUCAAAGACCUUCAGUCUGAGAUGAUGAAUAAGGGAGGAGGGGAUAGGAUUGAACAAAGAAGGCUCUUCGAAGCUUUUCUUGGUUCUUCAUCAAUCUGGCAACCUCAACCUUGUAAAGACCACACAACCUUGCCAGCAACUAAUUCAGUCAAAACCAAAGAUUUCAAUGAUUUUGCUGAUGAGAACAUCAAUUCCAACAUAAUAACAAUUCACACCACAGAAGCACAGCUUAAAAGUGGUAGUAAUAGUAGCAAACAGGUUGUUGCAAUGUUGGCGAACUCACUCAAUGUUGCAGCCCCACCAUUUUAUGCAUCAAAAUCUUUCAAGGAGCCUAUCUCAAGAGGAGAGUCAAUUGAGAAUCAGUUCUGUGAGACCCUUAAGAGAACAAGGUCUGGAAAUGAUGCAGGCUUCAUGAGAGUGAAUGAUGUGGGGGAGAUCAACAAGUUGCAUAUGGAGUUAAGGGUACCAGAGAACAAAACAAGAAGGCUCUCAAUAGAGGAAAAUGAGAAGAAUUUUGAAGACUUGUUACCUGACAACAAGGAUUUUGAAGAUGCUAUUCUUGCUGCAGUUUUGGGACCUUUAAAUGAGUCUGAUAAAUCCAAUGAUGACACAAGCAGCAGCAGCAGCACCUCCUCCGGGGUUUUCAAAAGGAUAACUGAUAAGAGACUUAAAGUUUUUCAAGAUAUUACAUUAUCUUUGAGUCCAAGGGCCUGA